GUGUCAACGCCGGAAGAAGAUGCUUUUGUUUUUCCUUGGGAAAAAAGUCGAGGAACAAUGUUUGGAAAGGCGAUUUUUCAGUUAUAUCAUUUAUUUUCCUCAAAUGCAAAGUCAUAAUCUAAUAUAGGACAUGAACUCUUUUGGGAUAUCUGAGCCACAUUUCCACAUCUUGAAGAUUGUUUGACGCUCCGUUUGGGAAUUCUUGAAGCUGCAGAGAUUGUAAGGCGGAAGAAGAGAAUUUCGAAGGGACGAGCUGAGAGAGCAAAGUGAUGGCUCCGGAUUGAUUUUCUGAUUUUCAUCUUAAUUCGGAUUUAUAUGAAAUCAGAUGUAUAUUCUAAAACACAGAUUCAUCUCCGUGUCUCAUUGAUGCCAUAAUUUGGAUAGAUCAUUUGCGAUCAAGAAACUCAAAAUGGCGGAGGCCUGGCCCAUCCCCCAGGCCCUAUUCCUACUCAUAGUGAGUGUCGUGGGCCUGGACACUUGCCCUUCUCCCUGUAGGUGUUCUGAUAGUCCAGGUGCAGCUCAACUGCUGGAUUGCAAUAGGAAAAGACUGACUUCUGCGGCCCUGGAAGCUCCAGCCUGGAUCACCCAUGCGUCUAUGAAUCAGAACGAACUUACAGUGGUGCCUUUUCUUGGAGACGCCUCAUCCAACAUUACUGUGCUGUCACUUGUUCAUAACCGAAUCUCUGAAGUUAUGGCAGAGCAACUGUUGCCAUAUUCAUCUCUGGAAAGUCUGGACUUGAGCUCUAAUUCUAUAUCUGAGCUUAAGGCUGGAUCUUUCCCUCCCAUGCAGCUGAAAUACCUCAACCUGAGCAAAAACAAGAUAAGUUCCUUAGAGCCUGGCUGUUUUGGAAACAUCAGCUCCCUUCUGGUGUUGAAGAUAAACCAGAACAGACUCUCUCUGCUGCCUGAUAAAGUCUUCACCCUGUCUCAGCUCCAAGUCUUAGAGUUGAGGCGCAACAGGAUCCGUGUGGUGGAAAGUCUCAUUUUUAAAGAACUGAAGGCUCUUAAAUCCUUGAAGAUGCAGCGUAACGGCAUCACAAAGCUGAUGGAUGGAGCUCUCUUUGGUUUGGAAAACAUGGAGGAGCUAGAGUUGGAGUAUAAUAAUUUGACGGAGCUGAAUAAGGGUUGGCUGUAUGGAUUGCACAUGCUAAGGAUUCUGCGGGUCAAUCAGAACAAUAUCGGACUCAUCCGAGCCGAUGCCUGGGAGUUUUGCCAUCGCUUGGAAGAACUGGAUUUGUCUUUCAAUCACUUGAGUCGUCUGGAAGACUGGGUGUUUGCUGGUCUCAGUCUCUUGCAGAAUCUCAACUUGGGUGACAAUCAGAUCACACACCUGGGGGAAGGAGUGUUCAGCAGCCUGACUAACGCUCGUACAUUGGACAUCCGUAAUAAUGAGAUAUACCUCGCCAUUGAGGACUUAAUUGGCAUGUUUGUGGGCUUGAAGAGGCUGAACUCAUUAGUUUUACAGAAUAAUAAAAUCAGGACCAUCACUAAGAAAGCAUUCGAGGGUCUGAUGGAGCUGGAGCAUUUGGACCUGAGUAAGAAUGGCAUCAUGUCUAUUCAUCCUGACGCUUUCACUCAUUUAAAACUUAAAACACUUGAUUUGAACACCAGCAGUCUCCUGUGUGACUGUCAGCUGCAGUGGUUGGGCCAGUGGUUGACUGACAGCCACUUCCAGCAAUCCUGCACUGCAGUCUGCGCUCACCCUGCGUCCCUGGCAGGAUCUAGUGUUCUUGUCGUUAAACCGGAGGAGUUUGUCUGCAAUGACUUCCCUAAACCCCAGAUCAGCGCUCACCCCAAGACCGUUGUGGCCUUACGCGGGACCAACAUCACUCUGAACUGCUCUGCGUUCAGCAGCAGCGACUCUCCCAUGAGCACCGCCUGGCGCAAAGACGGAGAGGUGCUGUAUGAAGCUCAGGUCCAGAACUACGCUCGAUACCAGGAUCAGCUCCUUCUCUACACCACCGUUUUCCACCUGCUCAAUGUUAAUUUCACUGACGAGGGCCAGUACCAAUGUGUGGUCUCCAACCAUUUUGGCUCCAACUACUCCACUGUGGCCAAGCUCACUGUUAAUGAGCUCCCCACCUUCCUGAAGACACCCAUGGAUCUGACCAUCCGCACCGGGACGGUCGCUAGGUUGGAGUGUGCUGCAGAGGGACACCCGACGCCCCAGAUCGCAUGGCAAAAAGAUGGCGGUAUCAAUUUCCCUGCUGCCCGUGAAAGAAGGAUGCAUGUCAUGCCAGACGAUGACACUUUUUUCAUUGCUAAUGUGAAGGCGGAGGAUAUGGGCAUCUAUAGCUGCACGGCCAAAAACGAGGCGGGCAGCCUGUCGGCCAAUGCCACUCUUACUGUGCUAGAAACCCCAUCCUUUCAGCGCCCUCUAGAGGACCGGAAUGUUGCCCGAGGUGAGACUGCUGUCCUCCAGUGCAUAGCUCGUGGUAGCCCCACCCCGCGCCUCAACUGGACCAAAGACGACGGCCCGUUAAUGCUGACAGAACGUCACUUCUUCGCCGCAGCCAAUCAGCUCCUCAUAAUCGUUGAUGCUGGUCCUGCUGAUGCAGGGAAAUACACAUGCAUUAUGUCCAACACGCUGGGCACAGAGCGCGGUCAUAUCUACCUCAGCGUCUUGCCCUCAGCCAACUGUGACCCGGUGACCAGCGUAUACGGUCAGGAUGGAUGGACAACGGUUGGCAUUGUUGUGAUGGUGGUCGUUUGCUGUGUUGUUGGCACCUCGCUUGUGUGGGUCAUCGUCAUUUACCACAUGAGGAGAAAAAGUGAAGACUACAGCAUAACAAAUACAGAUGAGAUGAACCUACCAGCAGACAUUCCCAGUUACCUCUCGUCUCAGGGUACGCUGUCAGAGCCUCAGGAGGGAUACAGUAACUCGGAGAACGGAAGCCACCAGCAGCUCAUGCCCUCUCAUGCUAACGGUUAUGUCCACAAAGGCACUGAUGGAGUGUGUUACGGUGAAGUGAGCAGUGAUGUUGAUCCAGACGCUAAUGGAAUGCUGGGUAGUCAUGUGGGCUCUUUCUUUGCUGGACGUAGCAGCUUCCACCGGAGUGAACCCAGAGAGGGACAGGCAAAUGUCCCCAAUGGGGGAGCUGGCCCUCUAGUCAUCUGCUCAGACUGCUACGACAACGCCAAUAUCUACUCGCGCACGCGUGAGUACUGUCCAUACGCCUACCUGACAGAGGACGACCCACUCGUGGCUCAGAUCUCUCGGGACGGACACCAGGGCGGCCAUCAAGAGCAGGAUAAGCACACGGACACAGCACUGGAGAGUUUUAUAAGUCAGCAGAACGCCUCUGUGUUCCUCACUGACAACGAACCACGACUACCGGCGUCACAACGCUAUAGCACUGAUGUCCCGGGCAGGUCAUUUUGGGAGGGGGAGGAAUCUAACUCUUCCAUCCUUGCCCAGGCCUCAGUGACUGUACAUAAUACCCCGAUGGGUGUGUCCGCAGGGGACAGCCGAGAGGAGAGGAGGGGGGCACUGGAGGAAGGCUCAUACAGGACUAACUCACAAGAAAGCGCCUCAGCGCCCACAUAAACCCGUCAGCCCUGUCUUUCCCAAACAUCACCACCUUCUCCAUCGCCUCCCAGUGCCCUCAGCCCACUACCUCCUUUGAGAAGCCUCAUUAUCUGCCAAAUGAAAUGCCUCUCUCUUCAAUGUUUACACUGCCUCUCCUGUCCCUCCCCACCAUGUUACUUUGUUAGCCCACUUGGAUGUGCAUUUUGUGGAAAACUCUUUGAAACAGGAGAGAGAGAGAGAAGUCCUGCUUUCACGAUUCCUCAAUUUACCAGUCUGGUUUGAGCCCUGAAUGUUACAUUUCCAAGAGCUCCGCUAGUCCUACCAUAACCUGUGACGUACAAAUUAUGCCAUAUUAGGUUUUCCUACGUACUUUGGAGCUUUGAGCCUUUUUGCGUAUGCCAAAGCUUGACCCAGACUCACCUAUAACUUGCUUUUGCUCUGGUACAGAACCUGUACGAACAGUGACUGUGAAGAUUGGGACUGCCAAAAUAGGGCAGUGAUGUUCUCUGAGUGACAUCAGAGGGUCAAUCACCUGUGCUGCAUUUCUCAUUCCUAUUGCAAGUGGUACUGACCGAUGACCAAUAAUGUGUUAACAGAGUAGAAGACUCUGUUGUUUCCAUUGUUAUUGUACGCUUUAUUCGUCAUUAAUAAUGCGUUUUUUUUGUUGUUGUAUUGUUUCUCACAAACCCAAACAUUCUUCAGUUUCUCUUUGUUUUCUUUUGGCACUAUAGACAGUAAGAAAGACCGGAUAUAUUGCACCUUUGACAAUCUGCCCAGUACAGCCUUAUGCAAUCGUAAUAUGCAAACUCGUUUUUAUUUUUUAUGCUGCUUUCCCAUAUUAUGCUUUCGUUUUUUUUCUAUUUUGUCUUUUGCUACAGAACUUAAGGACUUCUUUCAGGAGCUUAACGCACACUGAAUGGAAUUGCAAUAUUUUUGUUUGAGCACCAAUGGUGGGAGGUGGGGCUACAUUUUGUCUGACCAAUAGCAGACUGGGGGUAGCCAUAGUGAUGUGAAAAUAUCACACUUCACCUUUAAAAUAUUCCUGUGUGCUGUUAACAAAUGCAUUGCUAUACAUAAUUAUGAGCUUGCCCGGGCUCACCCGUCCAGUACAUGCUGCAUUUAAGUUUUUUUGUUAAAGCUGGAUGAUCAAACUAAUUUCCUCUUGCGUUUUUUCCCCCCGUGAAGCUCAGAUAUGCUUUCAGGUCGUCUUCUUAAUUUAAUGUUUAAGAACAAUUGUGACAGUUAGUAGGUUUUUUGGCCUUAGAAGGACCGCUGACUUUCUGGCCUAUAAACAAUGUCUUAAGAGAGGUGGGUCUUGCUGCCCUCUUGUUCUACAGACACCUUUUAAGGAAACUUUCAAGGCACUAACAUCACGUCUAAUGAAUUUGUUCAAGAUCAAGUGAGCUUUGGAGAUAUAUAGGGAAUAUUUAAUGACUACAAUUCUAAUGUCUUAGCUAUUGGAGAAAAAUAAAUGCACAAGUGCUUUUAGUCAGUCAGUCCAAAUAUAUGUAUUCUUAUGCUAAAAAGCAUGCACAGGAUUGUCGGAUUUCAAAAUGAACCAAAUUAUCUAGAUUUAGGUAUCUUAGUAUGUUGAUUUGAACACGCAUCAAUCUCUUUCUCCCUCCAGAACAGCAUUUUUCAGGUUUCGGAUAUUAGCCACAACCUUGCUUUAAAGGUGCACUCACGUUUACCCUUUGUAUAGUGAAAUUCUGAGGGCAAAAUGCAGUCAUCUCAAUAGUAAUCUGCGCAAUCUGGAAGUUUUGUGUGAGGUGAAACAUGUCCCCAAUUUGAGUUUGUUGAACCUAGAAUACACAAAUCAUGCUUCGACCGAUACAAAUGUCACAUUUACGGGUGCUAUUACCUAUUUUCACGUUGAUUUAAUCUUGACGACCCAAACCAUCUGUGUGGAUCCCUGAUUACAUCUUAACCAUUCAUUUUGUAGUACAACUGACAUUUUGCACUUUUUGAGCGUACAAAAGCUGGAUCUUUCACUGCGGCAGAUAUGUGGUCACUUGUCUUCUUUUAAUGGAUAUUAUUUUCUUAUCAACCACUUUUCAACUGCGAUAACUACCCCUUGAUUUGCAUAUUAAUUUGUUGCAUUUUGCACAAUCUCUUGCCUUGCAGUUAGCUAUACAAUUACACUAAUCAAGAGACAUUGAUGGCAGAUGAUGCAGCUGACUGCUCGCUGCGUCAAUUUCCCUGUCUAAAAGGAAAGCAGUGUGUGUCAUCAGCGGCUUCCAGCCACGUUUAAAACCUCUACAUUUUUCGAAUUACUGUUAAUGCUCGCUUGGCCUCUUACUGUGGUCUCUCUUGGUUCAGCUUGUGGGAGAUUACUACAAAACAGUUUUGUUUAAAUGUAAUUUAAGAGGACAUCAGUUUUAUUUUUCUCCAAAUUAUACAGGACUUUGUUGGGAUCUUUACAAAAUGAACAAGUAUGAUUUCACUUACGAUUUUCGAUUUACACCAAAGACAAUCCACACGGAUCAAACGUUCCUGCCUUCCGCAAACCAAAGUUUAGCUUAAGUGCUUAGACCAUAUUUAAAUGCUGCUUUAUAAAUGUUUUGUUCAUUUUUGUGUGUAUUUUUUUUGUAUACUGUACCUGUACAUUCUGUAAAGCAUGUAUAAAGAACAUUGUUUCAGAAAAUUCUGACAUUUAGCUGACAUUUAAACAAUAAAAUGAAUUCACAGGCACCAC